AUGGCACCCGAGGUCGCUAAACCCACCACUUACGCGCAUGUCCAUGAUCACCUUGUCUGUUAUGCCGGGAGGGGGCAGUAUAGUGAGAACGGUGGUGGUGGGUCCUCAUGUGGACUUGCCGCGCUCAACUGCGCCCGAGUAGUUUUGGGUCUGGAACAAGGGGGAUCGCUGGAUGAGGAGUCUCCGAGUCGGGACGACGACAUCCUGGACAAGAUGAUCCAAGAUGACAUUACAGAAGAAAUCCUGCGGCCAUGCUCACGGUGGUCUCAAACAGCGCAUCUGAGUGUCAGUGACAUAUAUAAGACGCCAAUAUUCCACAAGUCGCUCAAGCUGCUGCAUUCUUCCUACGGUCGGUCUAGACUCCAAGAAUUCAAACAAGUCCUGUCGCGCCUCUCGCAGACGACGCAGACAAUCGGGGCUUCGGCCAGUGUUGUGAUCACUCGGCCCCCAGAGAUUAUUUCCUGCUUGAAGCUCGUCACAACGAGGGCGGGUAAGGACACCUUCGUGGUUUACGACUCACAUCCGCGCCCGGAUCACCCCGACGGUGCUGCCUUCAUCAUCUUCAAAUCGCUCGACGAUGCAGCAUCGUACCUCGCGCAGCUUAUGAGCUUCGACGAGAGCCUACUGGCUGACGACGAAGCUCAGUGGCAGGUCCAGUAUCUGGCGCAGUUCUCCGCACACAUCUUCGCAGCUCGCGAGAUGCCAUUCACGUCGAAGGACCUGGAAGAUGCGACCCUGGAGGCUAGCGUCGAUAUCCUCUCGCUGAAGGCAAAAGAUGACAAGCGUCCACAAGGGUACUUUGCGGAUGACAGAAUCAACGAAGCUCGAACCAAGAACAUUCCUACGAGAAAUGACCCCGGCUGGCUACAGUGGGGGCGCGGGUACUUCAACGCGGUUGAACCAUGCGGACAUCAAUUCUGCAGAGACUGCAUCAGCGGCUGCAUUGCGGCAAAGAUCGAGGAACACCAGUACCCAUCUUCUGUCCGUCGUGCGUUGCAGGCACAGAGAAAGGGGAGUUUGGAGCAGCUCGGUCUGACAGAGGAGCAAUACAAGACGUUCAACGAGAUGCAAAUGGCCGCGUUCUCGGUGCAGAACGCUAUGUUCGUCGACAAGGCGGAGUUCGCGACUACUGAUAUUCUGAUAUGUCCUUUGCCGGGCUGUCGCUAUCAAUGGUGCAAGCAAUGCUCCCAGGAAGUCGUUGACGGAUGCCAGACACCGGCCGAGAAGAUCGCUGGCUGCAACCACAUGACGUGUCCGUCCCCGGGAUGCAACACGUACGUAUACGUAUAUUUCACUCUGAAGUGA